GGCGAGGAAGGCCCGGGGCGGCGCGUGGGGGAGCGGCGGCCAUGGCGCGGGGACAGGUGCCGGUGGUGGACGUGCAGAGCGACAACUUCACGGAGCUGUGGCCCUCCAUGGUGCUGGCGCUGCGCACCGCUACCUUCAUCGCUGUGGACACGGAGCUGAGCGGCCUGGGGGCCAGGAAGGCGCUGCUGAGCCCGUGCAUUGACGAGCGCUACAAAGCCGUCUGCAACGCCGCCCGGACGCGCUCAGUCCUGUCUCUCGGCAUCGCUUGCUUCAAACAACUCCCGGAGAAGUCCGAGAACACGUUCCUCUGCCAGAUCUACAACCUGACGCUGCUCUGCACAGAGGAUUACAUCGUCGAGCCGCAGUCGGUGCAGUUCCUGGUGCAGCACGGCUUUGACUUCAAUAAGCAGUACUCCCAGGGGAUCCCCUACCACAAAGGCAACGAUAAGGGCAAUGAGAGCCAGAGCCAGAGCGUUCGGACUUUUUUCCUGGAACUCAUACGAGCAAAGAAGCCCCUCAUCCUCCAUAAUGGCCUGAUUGAUCUCGUCUUCUUGUACCAGUGCUUCUAUGCUCAUCUCCCAGACAGUCUUGGCACCUUCACCUCUGAUCUCUCAGAAAUGUUUCCAGCAGGAAUAUACGACACUAAAUAUGCUUCAGAGUUUGAGACCCGCUUUGUCGCAUCCUACUUGGAAUACGCUUACAAGAAGUGCAAGCGAGAGAACGGCAAGCUGAAGGACUCCAGCAGCCAGCACAUCUCUGUGGAGUUCUGCAGCUACCCUGCCAACAUGUCACGCUACAUCGACUAUCGCCACUGCUCUCUGGAAGAAGCAAGCCACAGCGAGGGAGAGGCAAAUAAGGUGCCUGUAUGUGAGAAAUUCUCGGCCUAUGGCUGGUGUCCAAAUGGAGUGAAGUGUCCACAGUCUCAUAACAUUGACCUCAUAAUUGAUGAGGACGAUAAGCUUUGUGAGAAGGCGAAGAAACGGAAACACAGGCGGAAGCGUCGGAAAAAUGCAGAAGAACCUGAAAAGGCAUUAGAACAGGAAAGCUCAGGGAAAGAAAUGGAGCUAAUUCAGAAUGGGGAGGAGGAACCACCACGAAAACAGAGCUGCUAUGAACCUGCCAACGCUGAUGGCAGGCCACGGGAGGAGGAAAACUCCACUGCUAUGGAACCAGAGGGCAGCUCAGACACCAGUACACAUGGUGGGAGGCAGGGAGAGGAUCUGAGGAGUGCUGAAGAAACUGCUGCUCUGAGCCCUUCUGCCAAGGCCAAUGCCCAUGACAAUGACCAAGUGGAAGGGAACUCAGAGGUCUUUGCCAGAACAGUUUCAACCAAUCACCCAGACGUCCCUGAGACUGAAGCAGCAUGUGCUGCAGGAAAGCAAAAUGCAUCCCAGGGGCCAUCUUCACAAGUGGGAACCCACCGAGCUGGCUUUGAUGCCUUCAUGACUGGCUAUGUUAUGGCUUAUGUCUGGAUGCUUAAGAAACGAAAAAGCACAGACACUGAGGCAGAGCCAUGGUGUCCGGACUGUCAUAAUAAGCUGUACCUCAGUGGGAAAUCAGUGCCACUUCAGAUAGUGAAAAGCUCUUUUUCUAAGUCUUCCGCAGCUCACAACCAGAAGAUGAAGUUGGUUUGGGCCACUGGAUAGAGCUAGGAGACUCCUCACUGAACUGGGUGUUUUUCCCCACAGUUGUUAAAGGGGAGCAAGUUUCUUGUCCUCCAUUUUAACCUCUGACCAAUUAAAUUGCUCUCAAUUGGA